AUGGCCCACGCGGGUCCAUCUCCCUCAUUGACGUCGAAAAAGCGUGCUGGCGCAAGAAAGAAUGCCAUAAGAUUGUCAAAGUCCAAGAAAAUCUCCGAGAUACACGCUGUGGACGCCUUAGAGCAGGCUGCUCUGCAGUUCGAUGCGCCACCUGAUUUGAAGCUCUUUGCUGACUUGCCCAUCUCGGAUGCUACCAAGCGAGGCUUGAAGAAGGCUUUCUUCGUUAAGAUGACGGACAUCCAAGCGAAAAGUCUUUCCAUUUCCCUCAAGGGCAAGGAUGUCCUUGGUGCAGCUCGUACAGGAAGUGGGAAAACCCUUGCUUUCUUGAUCCCGGUCCUAGAAAUGCUGUAUCGUCGAAAGUGGGGGCCUCAGGACGGGCUGGGCGCUCUCAUCAUAUCACCUACGCGAGAAUUGGCAGUGCAAAUUUUCGACGUCCUGCGUUCGAUAGGUGGCUAUCAUAGCUUUUCUGCUGGUUUAGUUAUCGGUGGAAAGAAUCUCAACGACGAGCGGGAGCGUCUGUCGCGCAUGAACAUUUUGGUUGCUACUCCUGGUCGUCUAUUACAGCACAUGGACCAAACGAUCGGCUUCGAAUGCGAUAAUUUGCAGAUGCUAGUCCUGGAUGAAGCCGAUCGAAUAUUGGACAUGGGAUUCCAGCGCACACUCUCCGCGCUGCUGUCACAUCUUCCCAAAUCUCGCCAGACCCUUCUCUUCUCUGCCACUCAGACCAACUCGGUAUCUGACUUGGCACGUCUGAGUUUGAAGGAUCCCGUUUAUGUUGGCGUCCAGGAGCUCGAUAGUGCCGGUGCUACGCCGAAGAGCCUUGAGCAGCACUACGUCGUCUGCGAGCUCGAUAAGAAAUUGGAUAUACUUUGGAGUUUCAUCAAAGCCCACUUGCAAAAUAAAGUUCUCGUUUUUCUCUCGAGCUGCAAGCAGGUGCGGUUUGUAUUCGAGACAUUUUGUAAAAUGCAUCCGGGCGUGCCAUUGUUGCAACUUCACGGAAAGCAGAAGCAGAUGACGCGCCUAUCGACCUUCCAGCGAUUUACGACGAUGAAGCAUGCUGUGCUCUUUGCGACGGAUAUCGCUGCACGGGGGCUUGAUUUCCCUUCGGUGGACUGGGUACUUCAAGUGGACGCGCCCGAGGAUGCAGAGACGUAUAUUCAUCGCGUGGGACGGACGGCUAGGUACGAAAGCUCAGGCAAAGGGCUGCUUUUCGUCGUGCCGAGUGAGGAGGAUGGGAUGAGGCGUGCGCUGGAGAAGAAGAAUAUUGUGGUGGAAAAGAUCAAGAUUAAGGCGAGCAAGACGCAGAGUAUCGAAAACCAGCUCCAGAACCUUGCAUUCCAGGACCCUGAGAUCAAGUAUCUCGGACAGCGUGCGUUCGUCUCUUACCUCCGUUCGGUCUUCUUGCAGAAAGACAAGUCCAUAUUUAAGUUGAACGAGCUCCCUGUUGAGCGUUUUGCUGAGGCCCUUGGAUUGCCGGGUAUGCCCAAGAUUAAGUUCCUCGGCAAGGAAAUGGCGAAGAAGAAGAAGAAUGCGUCUCAUGCUAUCAUAGCUCCCGAAUCUGUUCUAUCGAAUCAGAAAGCUAAUCUGCUCGAUAGUGAGCUGGGCGAGAGCGAGGAUGAGGGUGAUUUAUUGGAGCAUAGCUCCAGCGAAGAGGAAGAAACCUCACCACCUGUUCCAGGACCAUCAGAGCCAGAUAAGGCAAGCUAG